AUGUCGUCCUCUUCAGUCCCAACAGGACUUGUCAUCGAUCAGACGACCAUACUAUCGCUGCUGUCAACAUUAGCCAUUUUGGCCGCAGCCUACAUAACAUCUGUUUACACCCUCCCCAGCACCGCGAGCUCCAAAACCCGCUUCCUCUUCAUCUGGCACGCCUUUGACGCGCUGAUCCACUUCAUCCUCGAAGGCAGCUUUCUCUACAACUGCUUCUUCUCCUUUGGGCCCACUCUACUCACCGAACCUCUGCUGCCGGCCAACGUACACUUUUUGGGUCGCGUGGGCAGAAACUAUGGCGCUGCGUAUGGAGAGCAGUGGCAUAGUGCGCUUUGGCGCGAGUAUGCGAAGGCGGAUAGGAGAUGGGCGGGCACUGAUCUCACGGUUGUGAGUUUGGAGGUGUUGACGGUGUUUGUGGGUGGGCCAUUGGCUUGUUGGGUUUGUUUGCAGUUGGUUAGGGAGAGGUGGGGCAGUGCGUGGUUUUGGNNAUGUGUGUGCUUGCUACUGGGGAGCUGUAUGGUGGUGAGGUUCAUGACUUUUGUACCUGAGUGGCUCAGCGGCUCGCCAAAUCUGGUCACUUCGAACUGGAUGUACAAGUAA